AUGACGCGUGACGCGGGGCGUGUCGCGUGUCACGCGGCGCGGCGACGCGCCCGUUGUCGCUCGAAGGCCUCAAAAGAAGCCGAUCAACUCCUACUCGAUGGACGUCCGAGGGCCGUCGAUGGGCAUCGUGUGCAGCACCUCGUCGAGGAGUUGGAGUGCUCUGGCAUUAAGAAAGCGUUGUUAAUUAAAAUGAAACAUUUUUUCAACAAAGGCUGUGAGCUGGGCGCGAGGGGGCGUGGCGCGAGGAGUGGGCGCGAGGGGGCGUGCCGCGAGGAGUGGGCGCGAGGGGGCGUGGCGCGAGGGGUGGGCGCGAGGGGGCGUGGCGCUAGGAGUGGGCGCGAGGGGGCGUGGCGCGAGGAGUGGGCGCGGGGGGGCGUGGCGCGAGGAGUGGGCGCGAGGGGGCGUGGCGCGAGGAGUGGGCGCGAGGGGGCGUGGCGCGAGGAGUGGGCGCGAGGGGGCGUGGCGCUAGGAGUGGGCGCGAGGGGGCGUGGCGCGAGGAGUGGGCGCGAGGGGGCGUGGCGCGAGGAGUGGGCGCGAGGGGGCGUGGCGCGAGGAGUGGGCGCGAGGGGGCGUGGCGCGAGGGGUGGGGCGCGAGGGGGCGGGGCGCGAGGAGUGGGCGCGAGGGGGCGUGGCGCGAGGAGUGGGCGCGAGGGGGCGUGGCGC